UUGGCAAAAAAUGUCGUUACCGACAUUUGUGUCGUAAACGAGCGCGAGCGGGUGCCGAAGGACUUCACCCCCGUAGAUUAUACGUACGACACAAGUUUAGAGGAACGCGCAUUGCGGCGAAAGGUUUUAUGCGUCAAGAAGCAGUUGCAGAGCAGGGCACUGGACGCCGUUUGCGACCUGAUUAUAUUGACGAAACAGAAGGUUUCGCCUCAAGGCUACCACAUGGCUGGGUAUAAUUAUGUUGCGAUGCCGAAUCAGAGGCAAGUGCAUACGAUGCUUAUUUUUUCCUUUUCUCUGUUUCAUUCUUCCGUGGUAAAAUUUCUUGCGAAAAAUUUCCAAAUUGUGUCUCCUGCUACCUUAUAA